AUGUUCAAGAGCGGUCUCGCCCGGACCUUCGGGAGGGCUGCUUUUGCCCGCCCUACCCCCGUCGCACGUCGCGCUCUCCAGUCUAAGAUCAAUGGAUUGCCUUCUCUGGCCCGGUUCGCCAGCACCGAGGCUGCUCAGGGCGGCAAGAUUCACCAGGUCAUUGGUGCCGUCGUUGACGUGAAGUUUGAGGGCGAUAAACUUCCCGCCAUUCUCAACGCCAUUGAGACUGAGAACAAUGGCCAGAAACUCGUACUGGAGGUCUCGCAACACUUGGGAGAGAACGUCGUCCGUACUAUUGCUAUGGAUGGUACCGAGGGUCUGACUCGUGGCUCCCCUGCUCACGACACUGGUGCUCCCAUCAAGAUCCCCGUCGGCCCUGCUACCCUGGGCCGUAUCCUCAACGUCACUGGUGACCCCAUUGACGAGCGUGGCCCCGUCAAGGCCGUCAAGUACUCCCCUAUCCACGCCGAGGCUCCUGAAUUCGUUGAGCAGUCCACUACGGCUGAGAUUCUCGUCACUGGUAUCAAGGUCGUCGACCUGCUUGCCCCCUACGCCCGUGGUGGAAAGAUUGGUCUGUUCGGUGGUGCCGGUGUCGGUAAGACCGUGUUCAUUCAGGAGUUGAUUAACAACAUUGCCAAGGCUCACGGUGGUUACUCUGUGUUCACUGGUGUCGGUGAGCGUACCCGUGAGGGUAACGAUCUGUACCACGAAAUGCAGGAGACUGGUGUUAUCAAUCUCGAAGGUGAAUCCAAGGUGUCCCUUGUGUUCGGUCAGAUGAACGAGCCCCCCGGUGCCCGUGCCCGUGUCGCCUUGACUGGUCUGACCAUUGCCGAGUACUUCCGUGACGAGGAGGGUCAGGAUGUGCUGCUCUUCAUUGACAACAUCUUCCGUUUCACCCAGGCCGGUUCUGAGGUGUCUGCCCUUCUGGGUCGUAUCCCCUCUGCCGUCGGCUACCAGCCCACUCUGGCCGUCGACAUGGGUGGUAUGCAGGAGCGUAUCACCACCACCAACAAGGGUUCCAUUACCUCCGUCCAGGCCGUCUACGUGCCCGCUGACGAUUUGACUGACCCUGCCCCCGCCACCACCUUUGCUCACUUGGACGCCACCACUGUCUUGUCUCGUGGUAUCUCCGAGUUGGGUAUCUAUCCUGCUGUCGACCCUCUUGACUCCAAGUCCCGUAUGCUCGACCCUCGUAUCGUCGGUGAGGAUCACUACAACACCGCCACCCGUGUCCAGCAGAUGCUCCAGGAGUACAAGUCCCUCCAGGAUAUCAUUGCCAUUUUGGGUAUGGACGAACUUUCGGAAGCCGACAAGCUCACCGUCGAGCGUGCCCGUAAGAUGCAGCGUUUCCUGAGCCAGCCUUUCACCGUCGCCCAGGUCUUCACUGGUAUGGAGGGUCAGCUGGUCGACCUCAAGGACACCAUCAGCAGCUUCAAGGCUAUUAUAAACGGUGAGGGUGACAACCUUCCUGAGGCCGCUUUCUACAUGGUUGGUAACUUCGAAUCUGCCCGCGCCAAGGGUGAGAAGCUACUGGCCGAGCUUGAGAACAAGGCCUAA